AUGGCAGCUUGUAGAGCGACAAAAGUGUCCACGCUCGGUUUUAUUUUCUUUUUCAGGGAUACGGCUGGCCAGGAGCGUUAUCGUUCGCUUGCCGCUUCGACGUUUAGGGAAGCAAAGGGUUUCGUGAUUGUCUACGACGUCACCAAUCGAGAAUCCUUUACCAAAAUUCGCGAAGAAUGGCUAAAAAUGGCAGAUGUGCAUGGGAGUGAACCUGUUCCUGUUUUCUUUGCCGGAAAUAAAGCCGAUCUAGUGCGCCUGAAGGAGGUACCUACGGAGGACGGUGAACGUGUAUGUCUAUCCCCUUUUUAG